AUGGAUAUUUUCCUAUCCGGGAUGUAUAUUCCCAAUCAGCUUGACAGAGGAAAUGUAUCUUUCGUGAGCUCGAUUAUAAAGGAGACCGCUACACUUGCUAUAUCGAUAUACUUUCCGUUCUACGUUCUCGCCACGCCCGUUGCGACUGUCCUGGUCAGAAGGCUAGACCCGCGCAUCUUCCCACCAGCCGUCACCCUAUCCUUCGGCCUGGUCUUCGUCGGACUUGGUUUUUACAACACCUACAAGAACCAAGUUGGCCCCUGGGCGGUCCUCGGACUGCUCGAUGGCAGCUACUUCCCCUCGGCUAGCUUUGUGAUUAGCAUGUGCCAGGAGCUCGCCAAGCGCAUGGCCUCCUUCUUCGUCGGUGGUCUAAUCUUCGGCGGGCUUGGUGGUCUCAUCGCGUAUAGGUAG